CAGGGGCCGUUCUUUUGUUCCGUUUAACGACAUCGUUUCGUCUUUCCCCUCCUUCUCCCGUUCUCCGGUCCUCAUGCCUGCCGGAAUCAGCUGGUUAGUAGAACUCUCUCUCUCGCUGGGAUGGACUUGCUAGUUGCUAAGGAUUUUUUUCUUCUUUUUGAUGAUGAUUGGUUGAUAAUUCUAGCUGGUUUCUCUGAAUAAUCUAGUUUUAUAUGUACAUCUUUAUAUUCAGUUUAAAAUUUUUGCGGAUUAAUUUAGAGUUAUCUGUUUAGUUGAGGGGACAAGGGUUUAUCUUUAAAUUUUGUUAUUGAUGUUUUUGUAUGCUUAUAAACUUGUAAUGGUUUUGGUUCUCGAUAAUGUGCUUGAACAGUAUUGCUCUCUGUGUUUCUGUCCAUGGUGAAUCGCACAUGCUUCUUCAAGUCAUGUGAUGAUGUCUCUGUUGUAGCCAUCCUCUUGAAACUUGAACCUUUUUGGUUUGUUUUUUGCCAAAUCUAUCUUUACUGAGUUAUUAUUCCAAUUAUCAGGUCGGUUUGGACUCUCAAUGGAGAGUGUGGAAGCUUCCAAGCAAAUAUGGUGGUAUCUGGUGUCAAAUAGUGUUUCUUUAUUAUCUUCUGCCCAUAGAUCUUAAACGUAAAAGCAUCCAAAGAUGCAUUAAUUAACGAUAACAUGGGGAUGAGGUCCAUGUGCCUCUGCAACACCUCUUAUGCAAUCACAUUCUCUUGCUUCCCUAAGUUACUGCUGCCAACAUUGAAAGAAACACAAAGUGCAGUGAUUUUAAUAAUCAAAUAUUAUGUUAAGACGUAAGAGCAAGCUGAUUGAUGGCUAUAAAUAGAAAUGUCCGCAUAGUGUUUGUUUGGUGUGAUCAGAGUGAGAAUGGGUCGUCUUUCAUCAACUCUCUGCCUCACGUUUCUGAUUUUGGCCACAGUUGCAUUUGGUGUACCUCCUAAAAAGUCCAUUAAUGUUCCAUUUGGGAGGAACUACUUCCCCACUUGGGCUUUUGAUCACAUUAAGUAUCUCAAUGGUGGUUCUGAAGUGCAUCUUGUCCUCGACAAGUACACUGGCACUGGCUUUCAGUCCAAAGGUUCCUACUUGUUUGGCCACUUCAGUAUGCACAUAAAGAUGGUUGCUGGUGACUCUGCUGGAACUGUGACCGCCUUCUAUUUGUCGUCCCAGAACUCAGAACAUGAUGAGAUAGACUUUGAGUUUCUAGGGAACAGAACUGGCCAGCCUUACAUUUUGCAGACUAACGUGUUUACAGGAGGCGCCGGAAACCGUGAGCAACGAAUCAACCUCUGGUUUGAUCCUUCCAAGGACUAUCAUUCCUAUUCAGUUCUCUGGAACAUGUAUCAGAUUGUGUUCUUUGUGGAUGAUGUGCCGAUACGAGUGUUCAAGAAUAGCAAAGACGUUGGGGUGAAGUUUCCAUUCAACCAACCAAUGAAGAUAUAUUCGAGUCUGUGGAAUGCAGACGACUGGGCCACAAGGGGAGGGUUGGAGAAGACCAACUGGGAAAAAGCUCCUUUUGUCGCGUCCUACAGAGGCUUCCACGUCGAUGGAUGUGAAGCUUCAGUAAAUGCUAAGUUCUGCGAGACGCAGGGAAAACGUUGGUGGGAUCAGAAAGAGUUCCAGGACUUGGACGCUAACCAGUACAAGCGUCUCAAAUGGGUUCGUAAGAGAUACACCAUCUACAACUAUUGCACUGACCGCGUCCGAUUUCCCGUACCUCCUCCAGAGUGCCGCAGAGACCGCGACAUAUAGUGAUUUUUCAGAUUUUAUCUAGAUUGUUUUCCCACUGUAUGACAAUAUUUCCUACUUUUGUAAUGUUUAUUCUUCUUAUUACAAUUUAAUCUAGAAAAGUUUGGAUUGUUUACAAACUAAAAGUAACUUAAAGUGAAACCGAGAAUAUGAAUUCAUAAGUUUCCCUG